GAAUUUGUUGGCUAGCAUGUGAGAGAGAAUCCCUGUUAUAUAAGUAGACCGUUUUCAUACAUUCAAGUCAGCUGAAUACUCUCGCAGAUUGAAGCAACAGCAGCAUGUCGGUCGACAGCGUGUUUAGGACCCGCUCCCUCGGUGUGGCCGCCGAGGGUCUUCCUGACCAGUAUGCCGACGGCAAAGCAGCGAAAGUCUGGCAGCUGUACAUCGGAGACACGCAGAGUAGGACGCUGGAGUACAAGAGCUGGGUGGUGUCUUUGCUGAAAGAGCAUGGGGUGCGGAGAGUGCUGGAUGUAGCCUGCGGAACAGGAGUCGACUCCAUUAUGUUGCUCGAGGAGGGCUUCAAUGUGGUGAGUGUGGAUGCCAGCGACAAAAUGCUCAAGUAUGCACUGAAGUCGAGAUGGGACAGAAGAAAAGAAAAAGCUUUCGACCAGUGGGUAAUUGAAGAGGCCAACUGGCUGAUGUUACAAGACGACAUUCAAAAACCAGGCGAUGGCUUUGAUGCUGUUAUCUGCCUGGGCAACUCAUUCGCUCAUUUACCAGAUUUUAAAGGGGACCAGAGUGAACAGAAGUUGGCCCUUCACAACAUUGCCAGUAUGGUGAGACCAGGUGGUAUCCUCAUCAUUGACCACCGCAACUACGACUACAUUUUGGAGACCGGGAAAGCACCACAAGGCAAAAAUAUUUACUACAAGAGCGAUCUAACUCAGGACAUCUCCACCUCAGUGCUGUGGGUCAACAGUAAACCUCAUAUGAUCACACUGGACUACACCAUCACUGUGCCUGAGGCUGCCCUCCAAAAUCUUCCUGAAAUCAGUAAAUUCCGUCUGUCCUACUACCCUCACUGUCUGGAGAGCUUCAAAGGUUUGCUGAAAGGGGCCUUCAACGGUAAAGUGGAGCACAGCGUCUACGGAGAUUUCCAGACGUACAUCCCGGGUCAGUCCCAAGCCCCGUGCUACUUCAUCCACGUCUGUAAGAAGACAGCCUAAGAGCCCUACCCAUCAGCUCUGCCCUGUUUAAGUCCCAACAUGCUCCUACAAUCCUCCAGAUUUGAGCAAAAUUAAAUUAGAAUAUGUUUUCGACAUAUAUCAUCUCAUAUUUCUUGUAAAAAUAGAGUUUUUUGACAAAUAAUGGAAAGUAAUACACAAUGUUUGGUCACUUAGGACCGGUUAAGUCAAGAACACAUAGACUCUAAAAUCAUCCAUGUGUCCCUGAUAGAUUGUUGACUGCAGUGUCCCAUGUUAAUACUUGAGCAUACAUAAGAUCUGCCUUUACUUUUUUAUGGCCUUAAAAGUUGUUAUUCAUACAACUUGGCUUUCAUUUUCUCUCAUUUCAUACAAAAAAACACAUGUAUGCUAAAAUGCUUGAGCUACUAAGUCUUUGCCUCUACUAGGAACAACUGGAUGAUUUUGAUCUAUGUGCUCUGAUAGCAUCAGUGGAGUUAAACACAGCUAGUCCUUCGAACUUUCAAAUAGAUCAAUAGUCUUAAUAGGAAGAGCGUAGGUUACAAAAUAACACCUACAAAGUGUUCUUCAUUUCUUAAAAACAGAUUCACUUAAACUGUACUGGACCAUUGUUUUGCCCAUGUCUAGCAUCUACCCAAUAUGCUGCUUUUGUAUUACAUUUUCUUCAGUUUCUGUUCACCCAGCUUCUUCCCUCCCUGAACUUUAGUAUCCAAAAUGAACAUGUUUCAAAAUGGUGCUGCACACCGGUGAUAUUCCUCACGAGGGGAAUAUUUGUCCAUCGCCAGUUAUGUAAAGAGAUGUAUUCAUAGACAAUUCUAUUUUGUACGUUUACCACAAUGGUCUUAAAUGCACAGAUGAAGCUUCUGUGUCUUUGAUUAUGGUAGCCUUUCUUCUUUCAUGUGUUGUUGAACUGGAAAAGAAAGAAAAGAGCUGAUCUCAUUUUGGCCUUCUGCCUUUCUUAACCAUCAGAGAAAUCUUUGACAGGCACAGCAUGAUGACAGUUUCACUGUGUUAGUUUCACUUAUAUGAGCACCCCCACAAUCAAGUGUCAUUUCCUUAACUGUCAUCUUGCACAAUCAUUAACAUCACUUUAAGUAGGACCAAAAACAGCUAGUAAGGCUUGUGAAUCACCACCUAGGCCUGUUAGUUUUAGUUUAACCUGCUUGGAGUGUCACACAAGGUACAACAGGAAUUGCUUACCUGUCAAGCAAUCUGUGAAGACAACAAGGAGUUCAAUCAUAGGAAUGAUUGGGAAUUCUCUACCGUUGAUUGCUCUUUACCAUCUUACCAAAUGCCUCUCUAGGUCCAGAUCUGACAUCUGACCUCUCUGACGCAGGCACAAAGAAAAAAUUAUGUUUUCUCUUGAGAGAAUGGCUCAAGACUUCUCAUAUUUGAAAAUAAUUUGCCUUUAUUUUAGCAAUUAAGACUUUGUUUCACUUUGUUUUCUCUUACUGUGUGGUACAAUAAAGUUGACUGUAUUUGA